AUGGCUUUCUCUGGAAGAGAAUACGUUCGCGAAAAAAUGCCAAUUAUAGGAUUUGGAACGUAUCAGGGUUUUCAGAUUCGGAACGAAAAGGUGUUAUAUGAUGUUGUCGACGCAGCGCUAUCCUGUGGUUAUCGCUUUUUCGACACCGCACAAAUAUAUGGAAAUGAAGCAGCACUUGGUCGUAUAUUCAAAGAACUCCUACCGAAAUAUGAGUUGGAAAGGUGUGAACCAAAUUCGGACACUGACUAUCGCGAAGGUAUAACCAAUUCGAAUUCCAACCCCAAUUUUCCAAGAACGUCAUCGGACAUUUUCAUCACAACAAAGGUUUCUCCAGCUAACCAAGGUACGGAACUUGCAAAAAAAUCUGUGCUGAAGUCGCUAGCCAACCUCCAGAUUGAUUACAUUGACUUAAUGCUGAUCCAUUGGCCUGGGAUCAGCAAGUUACCUGUUGGAGAUUCUCGAAAUUUCGAUGGUCGUCGACAGACCUACGAGGUCCUAGAAGAGUUUCAUGGAUCUGGUGAACUGCGAGCUAUCGGAGUGUCAAACUACGAGAUCCGCCAUUUAGAGCAAUUACUCACUCAUUGCACUGUUCACCCAGCUGUGAACCAGGUAGAGUUCCAUCCGCACUUUCAUCAACUGGAUCUGCUCGAGUUCUGUAAAGUACAUGAUAUUCAUUUUCAGGCAUACAGCAGUUUGGGAGGACCUGAUUAUCGUGAUGAGCUCUUCAAUGAUCCUGUUAUCCAAGAGAUGGCGAAAAAGUACCAGCUUUCCACUGCGCAGUUUCUACUAGCAUGGACAACAUCUCAAUCCAUAAGCGUGCUACCUCGAACAACUCAACGUCAGCGAGUCAUCGAGAAUUUCGCUGCUAAAGAUGUGAUGGUCACCAAUGCGGAUGUUCAGAAGCUUUUGAACAACAGAAAACAUAACAAAGCGUGCUGGGAUCCUACUGAUGUUACUUGA